GAUAGAUAGGAACAGAUUUAGAAAAAGAAACCAAUACAGUCGGAGGCACUGACACUUUGCAUCUGUGUUGCCACCAUGUUUGCAAUUGAAAGAAGUCAGUGGAAGGAACAGGCACUACGAAAAAAUGACCAUUUUAAUUUUCUCAAAUACCUAUCUCUGGGUAGAGGUAGGAUGACACAACCAAUAGUAAAGCAGCCUAAAUUCAGGAUGUCCGGGACCUGAACCUAACAGCAGUGUCCCAGUUUUGACUACUAGGUGAGUUUCACAGAGGUCAGUGAAACCAGCUUCUCCACACUGCUGGAGUUGAAUUAGCCCUCCAUUUAUUCAAUACACUCAGGAGGUCUAUGGCUUGUAAGCGUAUCUGGUUCAAGGUGAAGAAACAUAACAGAAGGUAUUACACUUUGAAAACAAUACAGUGAGAAAUUGCUUCCUGUUUGUAUUCAAAGUGAUCCAGCUAACCUUGUGGCAAUGGGCCAGGCACAAAACAGGACCAUCUACCUUGGCAACAGAUCCAUCCUUUAGAAAUUUCUCUUUGCUUUGUGGCACAGCUGAAGCACACUCUAUGGAUUAGAGCAGCCCUAAAGGCUUCUGAGUCUCCUACAAGACAGUCACAAGUUGCCUUCUUUUUCCCCCCACAAAUGACAAUUAUUACUUAAAUGGAUUUGCCUUAACGUUGCAGCUGUAAAUACUAGUGCCAUGACAAAUAAGAGCAGACACUAACUGAUGUGACAGGAGGUACAUUAGGACCCACACGGAGUUACUUUGCACAGAAAUGCCCCAUUCUGACAUUCACAGUGAGCUUCCUGUGCAGAAAUGACUCUGCAGUACACGCUCAGAGAGCACCCCCUUCUGGGGGCAGCACUGAAAGCUGAUCUCUUCAAAUGCAGAAAACAUCUCCUACGGAACAUCUACUGAAAGAUGGAUGCACACCAGAGGGGGUGGCUGAACACAGAGAUAAGCACUGCAGACAAUAAACACUGAAGCACUUCCUAAAUUUGCAGCCAGUAACUUGUAAACCUCUCCAUCAACCCCCCCUCCAACAGCAUUUGACAUAAAUUCUCAACGUGGGAUUAUAGCCUAUGAUGAAUACUACAGAUCACCUCCUAAAAUGGGGAAAGCAGCCCACCUCUCCAUAUAUUAUUACCUUAACCCUGAAAGAGUGAAAAGGUUUUUCAAAGAUAAGCCAGAUAUUUAACUACCACUUAACUCCACAGUUGAAAUGUCUUCUUAUGCCUGGGCUAUGAGGCAAUGGUUAUCAGUUGAUUCAUUUCUACCCCAAAAGUUCAAUUUCUCUGGCUACACUUUGUUAUUCUGCUUCAGCCAACAGCAAGAUGCCAGCUGUGCCUCUUGUAUUUCUCAAAAUCCCAGAUUUUCUUCUUCUAAGGCUGUCCUACAGGUAUUUACAGGGCAGUGGAAAUGUUUGGCCCUACAGUAGUUCAUUACAUAACUAACCAUCUCAGCACUCCUAUCAAAGAAGAACUUUGGCAGUCGGAUCACAGCUGUAGAUGUUUGAGGCAUGCGAUUCUGCAAGGCCACGCAGCUUAGUUCCUAAAAACGCAUAAAGGAUGCUACAGUAUGUUGCACUGCUUUGUGCUUGCACAGAUUUUCUGACUGCUCAGAAUCACUGCAUAUCUGCAAGAACAGAGCAACAUCUGCAGCCUGUACUCAUUGUGCUUAAUCCUGCACUCAGGGAAGUUACCAGGAGUUUUACACUGACUGCAGGGGAACUGAGGCAAGCCUCACUCAGGCAAUGGGAUUGUCCAUGUAGCGGACAGGCAGUAAUUCUUCACUGUGAUGAGUGUGCAACCAAGUCGCAGCUUCCAGCCUUUUCUGAUGGCGCCGAAUGAGGUGCUGAUGUAGUUCCUCAAUUUUAGAAGUCAUCCUCGUGCCAAGGCUUGUUUCUCCUCCGAUCCCGGAUGGAAGUCGGCUGCAGAAAUGACGACUCUCGCGCUCACCACUUUCCUCCAAAAGGAAAGAAAGAAGGGCCAACGGAAAGCUUGGCGCGCACAGUCUCGAGCGCUGCCCAGCCCUCUCAGGUCCGUCAGCCCCAGCAGGACGCACCCACAGCCCCGCCUCGCCUCGCCCGGAAGCGCCGCCCGCAGGAGCGGAAGCUCAGCGCGGAGGACGGGCGGGAGCCGCGCCAUGGCGGGCAGCGGUGGGGCGGCGUGGCGCUGCGGCCAGCGGUCCUUUUCCCCCAGCCGUAAGCGGCUGAAGCCGCUGCGAACUGUAGUGGCGUGGAGGGGAAGGGCGGAAUGGGACCAGGUGAUGGUGGGGCUGUAUUGCGGAGACAGCCGGCUGCAGCAGGAGGCGCUGGAUCGGGUGUCGGCCUGGAAGAGCCGGUAUGGCCCUAAAAUGCCUCUUGCAGUAGAUUGCACUGCUGAACUGAUUCGUUGCAAAGUCCUAGAUUCAUCUGGCAAAUUGAGAUCACACGAGCUUAUUCUCUCAUAUGGACUGGCUCUUGUAAGAUUUGUCAACUUGAUCACAGAAAGAAAACAGAAAAUGGUCAGUGUUCCUCUGAGAAAACUAGCUAUAGAGGUGGAUAUCCCUAUCUGGAUUGUGGACCUCCGUCAUGAGCUGACUCAUGGGAAGCUGCCCCGCUUGGCUCUGUGCCGCAAGGGCUGUGAUGUUGUGCUGGACUGGCUACGAAAGACAUAUUGGAGCCGUCAGUUGGGCAAUAAUUUGUGUGAGGAAAGUGAAGAGGAGGAUGAGGAAGAGGAACAGGAAGAGAUGGAGGCAAACACAGAGUUGGGUAGUGACACAUGGGAGAUUCAAACCCCACAGCAUGAGGUCUGUCAGAAACAUAAGGAAUUCCAUGAAAAAGUCAGAGAUGUGUUGAUAUCCUACAAAAAUGAGCAGUUUCAGGUUAUGCAGGCAGUCCAGUCUGUUUCAAAGUCUCGAGAACUGUGGUCUAAUUCUUCUUCAGAAGUGGACUGGAUUCUGGCUCAGAUCAAAGACUUAAUGCAGGAGAACAGGGAGACAGUGGCUGAAGUUCUUCUCAGUGAUGGCUUUCUCAUUCCAACAGCAGAUUGUCUGAAGAUGUUAAAUAUAAAGUAUGAAGCAAAUAAAGAGGUAUGGCAGUUCAAAAUUCCUCAGACACUUUACUGCUUCUGGCAACCAUUGCUGACAAGCAUCCUUUCCCGAAGUUUUACACAGACCCUAAUAGACAAAAUGUUCAUGAAGUUGAAGGAAUGUUCUGACUCUUCAGAACUCCAGUCUCAAUUCCUGAUCAACUGGAUUUCUGAGAUGCUGACUAGCAUUGCUAGAGUUAACAGUGGGAAGAAAAGACGUCGCUGUAACAAACGAGCACACAUGAAGGAAUUGUUCCUUCAAAAAGUUCCUUUGCAGUGGGUAAGACUGACGGAUAACUGCUUGGAAGCUCCCUGCUGGGCAACCCCACACCUUCUUCAGCUGAUCCUCACAAGCAUGAGACCUCGUUUGCCACGUUCUUCACGAAAGAAUCUUCUCUAUCUCACAUCCAUUUACACAGAAGAAGGUGGCCCUUUGUCCACUCCAGGCCUCUCUUCGGACUGCAGCAAACAGCCAGUUUAUACUAUAGAGAGCCUACAGUGGAGGGCUAGGCUAGAAAAUCAGGUCAAAAAUGAAGGGCAGACUAUUGAGAAACAAGAUGAUGUACAAGAGAGAAAUGAUGGUGUAGAAGAGGUAGAGGAGGAGGAAGAAGAGAUAACUGAAACAAAUUGUUUGGAAGGACUUGCUCAUUCUAAUAUCAUGGUGGCUAUUGCUGAGAAAAAAGCAGAGCUGCAAGGGUCUGCCUGGCAGAUUGUUGCAGAUGAAGUGCAGUGGAAGGACUUUCCUCUUGGGAAACUCCCAGGUCAGACCGAUGACCCUGAUGGUCUCAUGUUGGAUAAUUACUCCAUGAUGUCUCUGCUUGAUCAGCCAGCGAAAGAUGAGUGGAAGUCUUCUACUACAAACUCUGCAGAAUUGAAUGUUCCUGUGACAGGAGGAUUAUUAUGGACCCAGAAUGACUUCCAUAAAAUAAAAAGUGGCCUUCAACUUUUCUAAGACAGAAAAUUGCUCUGCAGCUUUCAAUGUUGCAUAAGAUAAGUGACAGAGAGGAACUUGUGAUGGUGGCAGGGAAGUAGCCACUCCAGGAUUUUUUUCUAUGAGGAUUUAUUACUUUUUACCAUAUAAAAUCACAGUUUUGCAAGCAUGUUGUUCUGCUUGUAGCUAUUGUCUGCUUAACCACUGUCAAGAACUUAUAGCUCUAGCUGAUGCUUGUGAAAUACAGUUAUUAUGUUUUGGAAACCCUUUGUUUAAUUUUUUUCGUGGUUAAUAAAUAUCACGAACUGAAGGCAAA